AUGGUUAACCAUCAAUGGCCCGAGUGGGAGUCUCCGGUUUCACAGAAUAAUUACCUACGGUCCUAUCCUCUGGCUGUCAAUGAUGGCCAGCGAAAUGUUCAUUCACAAUACUACAACUGUCCCAUCAGCAACGAUGAUAGCUCUUCGGCGCUCGGAUGGGGUAAUCUAGACGUCUCUGACGACUGCAUCAGCGACGCUUGCCGCGAUGAAGAUACAUAUCAGAUCCUGAAGGAUGCCACGCACCAUAUGGGUGAGGCUGCUCCUCUUUCAGUUGGGGAGGUGGCGCCUCCGAGGGAGGAUCCGUCCGACUUGAUGGGCAAUGUGCCUCUGAGUUUCCCAGAGAGCUUCUUUGCCAAUCCAUUCGCGGUUUCUUUCCCAGGAGAUAUCCCGUGCCCAGGAGCACCCAGCAGCCAAUUUAUACCUGGAUGCACCUCAAUCUCAAUCCCUAGUCCUUGUGAUCUCAGCACCGAGUCCUCUCCCAUGACACCGGAUAUCGGUUUCUGCGGGGUUCCGGAUGCAAACAACUCGAUCAGAACACCAAAGUCGAUGGCCUGCACUCCAUCUAGUGCACCUGACGCUCGUCUGUCUUCAAAAGGCGUGACGAGUGCGAAGGCGAAAUACGGACCACAAAUCCAUUUCGUCGACAUGGCCGACAAGAAAGGGGCUCAGCGGAUUCGUAACACGAUCAAUUCUCGAAAACAUCGCCAAAACAAGCUUGACAAGAUACGAGAGCUGGAGAAGAAGCUGGCAACCAUUGAAGCGGAGAAGAAAAGGUGGCAAGGACGAGCAACGGAGAUGGGAUGGAAACCAUCUCAGUAG